AGAAAACAGUUACAUCAACUACUGAACUGGUUAAUGUUUUUAAUGAUUAUUUUACCGAUGUUGGUCCUAAACUUGCUGAAAAAAUUGAAUACGAACACAACUGUAGCUUUCGAGAUUUCAUUCCUCAACAUGAACCAGUUGAGAGAUUUAUUUUCCAACCUGUAAAUGUUGCAACAGUUUAUAGACUUAUAACCAAAUUAACUAUCUCCAAAGCUACAG